AUGGGGGGCCGGGAGGAGGCGGGGGGCCGGGGGUCUCCGGCUCGGGCGGCCCGGCGCCCGCCCUCCCGUCUCCCCUCCCGCCGUGCGGGAACCACCUGCGGGCCGGCGGGACCCGCACCCGGGCUGGCGGGACCUUGCUCCGGUGCCUUCAAACAGAGCUGCGGGCUGGGUGAACGCAACCCGCCCCCUCCUCGGUUUCAAGGUCCGCAGCCCGGCCGGCGCUGGAGCGGCGGCGGGAGGAGUGGGGCGGUCCGCCUCCCGCCCCGGCCCCCUCCUCUCCCGCGCCCGCUCCCGCCGCCCGGCACAACCAGCGUGACUGACACGGCCCGGGGUGGAGUUUGCUCCGCUAUGGGGGGCCGGGAGGAGGCGGGGGGCCGGGGGUCUCCGGCUCGGGCGGCCCGGCGCCCGCCCUCCCGUCUCCCCUCCCGCCGUGCGGGAACCACCUGCGGGCCGGCGGGACCCGCACCCGGGCUGGCGGGACCUUGCUCCGGUGCCUUCAAACAGAGCUGCGGGCUGGGUGAACGCAACCCGCCCCCUCCUCGCAGUGAUUGCCUGUCACUGAAGUUCCCAACUGCGCCAGGCUGUGCCUUCGGGAGGCGAGAGCAGAGCUCGGCUGCGGAGCGGGGGCGGGUGUCGCAGGGGUCCCCCUGCAGCGGCCACCGAGCUCCCCGGCGACACCCGCCCCCGCUCCGCAAGCGCUUCUGCAGGUGCCCAGCUCCCCUCCCGCACCCGAGCCGCGCAGCAACCUCUGCCUUUCGGGAACGGCACCGCCUCUCUCCAUCCCGGCUGCGGGCCGAGGGAGCGGAAGAGGGAAAGCCCGGGAUGCCGCUGCCGCCGGGGUACCCCGCCGGUCCCCGGCCACCCUCCCGCCGCCCGGCUGCAUCCAGCCCCGGAGCAUCGCGGAAGGAGGAGGGGGGCGAAAACGGGUUUCACUUCCGCCUGGUUGCAGGAACCACAAGCGCCCAGAAUAUAUUAGAAUAA